AUGGAUGAAAAUGAGCGAGAAAUCGAGCUUCCGGGGAGGAUGUUUGCUGCUGGAGAAGAGCCUGUCGGUGUAAGGGUUACUUCUUAUGGGCCAUCGAAUGGUAUUAGAGCUAUUAUGAAUGCUCUUGAUGAGGAAGAGCGUGCGAUAAUUCAGAACUCUUCUUUUGGGAAAUUCGUGGCUAUAUCGGAGAAACCUUCACACCUCACACGUGGACGGUGCACAUUGCUUCUCGAGUAA